GCGACGGUCACUGGUCAAACCGUCAGGUGGCAGCGCACUUGCAGCGAACACACGACGCCGCGGCGCUCCGCGGUUAUGCAACGCAGCGGUGCGGCGGUCGACACGCCCGCCCGCGAUCGAUACCGUGCGUGGAGGGUCGAGGCCGCGAAGCGCCCGACACCGUGGCCGCCCGUCGCGCGCCGCCGACAUAUCAACACGAAUCGCAAUCGACUGCGAGUGCCGCUAGAUAACCGGUCACUGUGAUAAAACUUGCAACGGCGGCCGGCGGGAACGCACCGCGACUACUGCCCGCGCCAGUCUUUAUCAACCUAAUGUCACGUCGAACCGCGUGAAGUUGCUCACGGUGGAAGCGUACCCGACGCUCUAACUUCGCCGCGGCGACACUCCAUAUGUGAUUUUGAUGUGCAAUGAAAUAUGAAAAGGUGUAUUUUUAAAAUAGAUAUUAUAGCAAAACCGUUUUACUUCAAUAAAUAUAAGUUUAGUAAAAAUACCUUUCACUUAAAAAAUUGACAUUUAAUCAGCCAGUGCUCUUUAGUGGUUUACCUAUAUGUAAAAUCAAUUUAGUAUUCUGUUUAUCAAGUAUAUAAAUUAAAGAUAUUCCGAUGAAAGUAAAUAACGUUAGAUUUUGUGUAUGUAUAUGGAAUGCACGAAGAUACCUCGCAACAAAGUUACGUCGUCGGGAUGUAAUCUGUUGAUUGAACGACGUGAAGCACCGCGCAGAAACCAGAAACAACAUGGCGUGUGUACACAAAACGUAAAAUGAUGUGGCAGGCCACAUCGAUUCCGGGACACUAGACAAUAUAAGUGGAGGCACCCGAGGCCGGCGCUCCAGCGAACGCAAGCCUGGGAAAAAUGUAAUCGAACCGAGCAACGCGACACUUCGGUUCCGAGCGCUCGCCCUCCGCGGGACAAAGGUCCGGCCCGGCCCCAUGCCGCGCACGCCCGCCGCGUGACCGCCUCGCCCAGCUUCGCCGGCCUGGCUGACCAGAUGGCGAACUCUCCGCUCGGCGACAUCGAGGAGCUGACGCUGUGCUCGAGCUGCCGGCGCAUGUUCGACGACGGAGACCAUGCGCCCAAGCUGCUCGCGUGCAAGCACCACUUCUGCCUCGCGUGCGCGCGGACCGUGCUCGACGCCGGGCGCGACGUGUACUGCGCGCAUUGCUGGAAGCGCACCGAGCUGCCCGACGGACGCGCCGAAUCCCUGCCUACGCACGGGCCGGUGCUUGCGCUGACGCGUCGCCUCGCGCUGCCGCCGCCCGACGGCAUAGUCGCGAUGCCGCUGUCCCCUGAGGAUGGCACGUGCGCUGCGCACGCGCUGCCGGCGCUGUGGUGCUGCGUGUGCUCGGUGCGAGCUUGCCGCGCUUGUCCUGCGCAUUCGUCGCACUCGCACGCGCUGCGCCCCACGCACGAGGCGCGCGCACUGCUGGCUCGCGAAACGCGCGACCUCCGCACCGAUCUGCAGCGACUCGCCGUGCGCCAACGCGACCUACUAUUGCGCGCGCUUGACGCGGCCACCGUCCUGAAACUGCGGCUCGAAGGGGAGCUGGCGGCCGCUCCGACCGACUCGGCGACUGGAAGCGGCUCUAGCUCGCUGGCCGCCUGCGCUGCUGAGCGCGACCGCGUGCGCGCGCGACAUGCCGAAGCGCUUGCGAUGGCACGCCUCGACGAUCUCGUCCGGUACGCGACGGUUCCUCUCGAUUUUGAAAUGAUGCGGCGCGCGUUAGGAGGUGCAAGCACGGGCUUGCUAUCGGUGGCGGCGGGUGUCGAGCGACGGGACCCGGUGUUGCUGCUGGGCAACUACUGUGCGGCGCAGAUGUUCGCGAGGCAAUGGGCGCGGCGCCGAGGACCCGAACCGGCGGGAGGCGAGGCGGAGGCACGCAGCGCGGCGGUGCCGGCGGGCGAGGCGGCGGCGGAGGCGGCAGGGGAGCCGGCGCCGGCGUCGGGUGCGGCAUCGGUCGCGUCCAUGACGUCGCCGCCGGUACGAGCUCCUGGAGGCUUCCCUUUGUUCUUCUUUGAAUUGGAAAUGAAUGGCGCGCCAUUCGGGCGCAUCGUGAUCGAGGUACGUGAUGACGUGGCGCCGCGGAUGGCGCGCAACUUCACCGUGCUCUCAACGGGUGAGCUCGGCGUCGGGUAUCGCGGUUGCAGCGUGUUCCAGUGCUGGGAGAACGAAAGUGUCAUCACGGGCGACUUCGAACUGAACAACGGCCGCGGCGGGCGAAGUGUGUUUGAGGAGAGCUUCUUCAUGCCGGACGACACGCGCAUGGUGGCGGUGCGCGGCUCGGUGGGCAUGCGCCGCUCGCAAAAGCGGCACGAUAACCUCGGCCUGGUCGGUUCGCAAUUCCGCAUCGUGCUGCGCGAGAUGCGUGGCUUCACCGCCAUCUUUGCGUUCGUGGUGGAAGGGCUCGAGCUCGUCGACCGGCUGAGCCGCACCGGCGACAGCGCCGGCAAACCACACAGUACCAUCCUCAUCUCAGACUGCGGAAAACUCAACUGAACGCAGAAUCCCGCCUGUUACCCUUUGUUCCCGCAUAUCGGUUAUCCUCUCAUACCAACGAUCUCUACAAUUUCGUACCUAUUUCGUAUUUCUCGGACCAAUGGUUUCCUCUUGUAAGCACCUCGGAACUAUUUUUGUAUGCAUAGUAUUUAUUAAGCGUUUGGAAGUGUUUAUGAAAUUUUGAAUAUUGUCGGCUUGAGCUUCGGUGGCCGCCCUAUGGUUCGCGGCCCGCGGCGAGCCGGGCCUACACUCGGUGCUGUUCGCGGAGUGUUAUAUUUUUGUUAUAAGUGUGUGCGGCACGCGACGGCGGCGUGGUCGCGUCGCGUCCGUUAGUUGUAAGUAUUGAUAAAUAAAUGAUUGUAACGUUCCGGUCGUAUGUGUGUCACUAUAGAUGUUAUAUAUUAUAGAGUUUAUAUAAACGUAUAGUUAUGAAGUCGCAGCGCGGGCGCGGCCGCGGCGGAGGUGGCGACGGCGCCCGCACGCGACGCGCCACGCGGCGUACGGCGGAGCGCGAACUCGGCGGAACUCGGCAGAGUGUACGACACGAAUUAUAUCGUGAUAUUGUCCGAGAGUUUACAAGACUGUGAUGACGCGUAGGUAGCGGAGGCGAAGGCCGAGGCACGUCUCGGCGGUCAGUGCCUGCUUUCUUAUCGUUUUAUUAUAGUAUACGCUGUAGGUUAAACUCUACAGCCGCGGCGGGCGCGUACUGUUAACUUUAUUUUUCUAUGUACCAAAGGCGCGGCGCGUGUGGCGCCCUCUAUAGAGAUGUUGUAAUUCGUGUUGACUAUAUUCAUAUUAUACGGUAGCGGCGUUUGGUUUUGUCGAUAUAUAGUUUAUGUGCGUGGCGAGUGUUGUUAAUGUGCGCGCGCUGGUCCGGGCCUCGGCGCCUCGGCCCAGUGCGCCUCGUGAUAAAUAAAUAUGUCUAUGAACCAACUA